AUGACGUCAAGCAUACAGUCCACUUCUUUUGACACAAAAGUACCAUUGGCCCUGCCUAACGUUGACAUGCCGCCUUCAAUUCUAGUUCUUGGCAUGGCAGGUUCAGGGAAGACUUCAUUUGUCCAGAUCUUUCCAUCUAUUGCGUAUUGGAUUCAAGGAGCCAUACUAAAUAAACAUACGGUAUUGGCUUCUAGCGCUGUGGCAACGAUCCUAGCCCGCGCGAUGGAUUUUUAUGCAUCCGGGCUUAAGCACUACGCUUUCCAGAGGCUCACUGCGUUGUUGCAUGCAAAGAAAAGGCCACCUUAUGUGAUUAAUCUUGAUCCAGCUGCAGCGAAUGUACCAUAUCCGGUCAACAUCGAUAUAAGAGACACAGUAAAGUAUAAGCAGAUUAUGAAAGAUUACGGUCUUGGCCCAAACGGUGCUAUUAUCACAAGCUUGAAUUUGAUGUGCACGAAAUUUGAUCAGGUACUAACAAUGAUACGUCAGCGUUGCAAUCAGUAUAGCCUUUGUUUGAUUGACACUCCCGGCCAGAUUGAGGCCUUCACUUGGAGUGCGAGUGGCUCCAUAAUAACUGAUUCUUUGGCUAGCAGCCAUCCUACUGUAGGUCCAUGUUGUCGUGUAUGUGGUGGAUUCCGCGAGAGCAACGAAUCCGACAACCUUCAUGUCAAAUAUGCUUUAUGCCUGUUCGAUUCUGUAUAG